AUGGCGUAUAUAGAGUCAGUAGAUGACUGUGACGGACUUAAAUUUCAGCAUGGCCCGAAUUCCAACACAGGUAUCGACUGGAAGAAUUCUGGAAGUGUCAUACAAGUUUCAAAUGACCAUGAUCUAUUGUUCAUUGCAUCAAAAACGGUUGAGGUUUACAAGUGUUCGAAGUUCCUAUCAUCCCUUUUAGAUUCUCAGGGAACUCCCUCUGUGCACCCCGUCAAACACAUUAACGUCCCAUUUGAAAUAAAGAGACUGCGCAUAAAGGGUGACCUUUUGGCUAUCCAAGGUGACUCUUGUCUUAUACUCUAUGAUUUUAUAAAAUGGAUGAUUGUGAGGAAAUGGGAUCGCAAACUUGUUGAUUUUCAGUGGCUAAAUGACUCUAUUGUCUGCAUAGAUGAAAAUGGAAUCAUGCUACAUAGAGUUGAUGAUGACGAAAAUGUUCCGGAGGAGGAUGAUUCACAUUUAGUAUCUCAGAAUGCACAGGUUGAAGAUGAUGCUAAUGGUGAUACGAAUGGUGGUUCUGAUUCUAGUGCUAGAGCUGAAGCUACAACUUUUGAUGCUUCCGACGAUAAUGAUCAGUAUCAUGAUGUAAAUGUGUAUAGUGGGUCGGAAUAUUCCAUUGAAAAGGACAAAGAGGCAGAGUGUAUCAGCCCACAAGUGGAUGUGACAUUACAUACAGACGAUUUUGGACAAGAGCAUGAAAAUGAGGAUGGACAACUUGACACUCUGAAUGUCUCUGAUGAUGUGUUAUCUACUCUAACUAUUGGAACAGAGGCGUCUGUUACUCAAGAACUUGAUGUAAAAACUAUAGAACCAACAAUGCCUUCGGACAUUAAAGAGUAUACGCCUCCUGUAGAAGACACAAGUCUCACCAUAGAGCAUGUACAAGACAAUAACCUUACUUCUACAGCUGCAGAACAAACCACUACAGAUCAACAUGCUCGCUCUAAGUUGGCGAGACACAUGUAUACCUUGGAUUAUCGGGAGUCGCUCGAUAGACUUUUGGCCUCAAAUUCCCAAGGAAGCCUAGACUCUGAGGUAUCAUCCAUAGAUGAUCCAGAAGCAACUAUAUCCGUACGCGAGUCUAAAGAUAAUGUCCACCAGGAACCUACUACAGAUCGUGGGUCUGACAAGGGAUAUAGCGAAGAUGAAAAGGAUAAUGUUGAGUCAUCUGUAAUAGUACCAGAGGUUGUAGACGAUCCAUCCCACCAAUUUUUUACGAAUUUAUCUGCUAAUAAUUAUGAAAGUUUUUCGGGAUUCAAGCUUUUGGAGGAAAAUUUAGAUCUGAUUGGAAACUUUGGAGCCUGGAAGGGACUAGACGAGACUCAAAAAAAUGGAUCUAUAGGGAAUCUUGCAGAGAAUUUUAGUGGCCUAUUUUCUGAAAAAAAUAAUGGCGACGAUCAUGUCUCACAGAGCUCAUUUUUUACCGCUUCUAAACUUCUGGAACAGGGUAAUAAGGAAUCGCAUACACAUUCAUCUCGCUCUACUCGUAUCGCACCGGUACUCACAAUACCGACAAAAUCUGAGGUCAUAUCCCCCGAGUAUGAGGGGUACAUCGCAUCUUGUAUUUCAAAUCCUCCAUCAAUCGCGUGUAUAAAUGAAGAAAGUUUUAAGACAGGCAGUAUUGAAUAUUCCCGAAUAAAACUGCCGGAUGAUUUAAAUCCUUCAGACUUAGAAUCUGCCAUAGUAGUAGGAUGUAGUCUCUUGCCAGAAAACUUUGCCGCUGUAUCCAUGGUCUUAAACUCCCAGGAUACUCUAAUUUGUAUUAUAAAAUUUGAAGAUUCCAAAAGCACCACUACACUAUCUUAUGCCUACAACGAGCUUUAUCUACUUGACAUUAUUGAUCCGCAUCACAUUAGUUCUCGUAUAGAGUCGUUGUGGAUUCCGUCAUGGGAAACACUGAUGGUUUGGUCCGGAAACUCUACCCAAGUUGUGAUUAUAUCAAAGAAUGAAAAACUUACUGGUGGCGAUUGGAAAGUUUUAAUGAUGCAGGAAGGUUACUGUCUGGAAAGUACAGACGGUGAAAUGGGUACUAGAGGUCUCUCAUUUUCGGUACAUUUUAGAGAAACUCUAUACAGGAAGAACGCCUGUGCAGAUACUCCGUUGUUGGUUGAUCCACCGGUAUUUUUACUUGCACAAAUGGAUGGUGUGAUUUCAAUGCACUGUGCAGAUGUCUGGAGUAGACAGGGUGAAGUUCAAAUAUUGGAUGAGACAAUGGGUAUUGAUAGAGGAUCCGCUAGUGAUGCAUCUCAUGCUGAUGUUACAUCGGUGGUCUCGAUAGAGGAUAUACACCUUUCCUUACACAAAGUAGUUCCACCAAAACCUUUUGUUGGAUUAACUAGUCCAGAAGCUACUAGCGGUGCUACAAAUGAACCGGAACCUUCAUCUACAUCGAUCCCUGUUACUGUCACAAUUCAUAGUUUUGCAGAAAACGACGCUGAAACGGAUAGAUCUGAAAGGCUUUCAAAUGAAGAAAUCAUAGAGAAGCUUUAUGACGAAGGUAUUAGACGAAUUUGGAAUCUUGAUGGAGAAAGCGAAAUAAAACUCGAGGCAAUAAAGCUCUUUGAGGCAUUCUCAAAUACACUUGAUGCAUUUGAAGCAAAGGUUUCUAAUGUUUGUGAUACAGAUGUACCUACGCUUGACUUGAACGAUAAUAUUGAACAAAAAAUGGAUAUUAUGGACGACAUUAUAUUAAAGUGGGAAGGCGAAGUAAAGAAGCUAGAGAAAAUGCAAAAGGAGAUGAUGGAUAGUAUAAAUACGUUUGAAUGUACUUUAAAACCUGCACCAUCUGUGGAACUCCCUUUGGAGCACAAGAUGCUUCUCAAAAAUGCCAAAGAUAUUGCAGCUGCCCCUGCUAGUUGUUCUGUGGACUUUUCAGACUUUUCCAUCAAGGAAGCUGAAGAUGUUAUCGAGGGAGUUUAUGGGUCCCUUAUGGAGCUACAAGAUAAGCUGGAAAGGUACGAAAAACAGGUUGAUGAAAUUGAGCUGGAUCUCAUUUUCAAAAAGAUUAAAGGUUCACGUGACACACAAAAAGGGUCACUACUACCCUUAUCCAGCCUGCAAGUCACAAGCUUACCCAUUGUUCCAGGUGGAACCACUUGUGAAACUCUCGAAAGAAAUGUGAAAUCUGCGGCUAGUGAUGCAAGAGUAAAGUUUGAAGAGCUCCUGGAUGCCAUCGAAGAGAUUAGUACCAGAGAUGUCUCAAUCUCACUAGAAAAUCUAAAGCUGGAAAAGGAGCAUUCUCCAAAGUUUAACAAGUAUCAGGAAAUGAAGAGUAAUGCUAACAAGAGCAAUGUUGACAGUGAAUCACCUCUCGAGCGUACUCUUUCCGCCACUCUUGACAAGCCAAAGGACACUCUCUUUUCAUUCUCUAGCUUUGGGGCUAAAAAUGUUCCAGAUGCUAGUAGCCCUCCUGUUACUUCUCCUGAAGAUAAACCUCUUUCUAUUAAUGUUGAGCCUAAAGUUGAAGGGCCCAAACCCGAACCUGUUGUGCUAGAACAGGAAGCAUCGCCUCUAGACUCGAGCAAUCAAACCAGUCUAAAUGAAUCAUCACAAACACCUGAUGUCUCUCUCCAGAUAUCCACACCAACCAAUGAUGCCACUGAUCCUCUUGAAAGCAAUCGGGAGAGCAUGAUGGACGGCCAAGACGCAAUGGAUGCUGUUCCUACUACUAUAAACACUCCAUCUAGCGGGUUGGACGGUGGGCAAAGUCUUGAUUUUACCAGUGGUUCUGGAAAUACAAGUGGCACGGCAGGUUCUUCCAUCUUCAGCUCUUCAAUGUUCAAUACCACAGGGUCCAUCUUUGGUACAGACAGACCUGCAGAGUCUCAGCCAAGCACAUUUGGAAGUUCCAUGUUUAGCGCCCCUGUUACAUACAUAUUUGGACAACAAAGUGAUGUUUUGAUGGGCUCAAACUUGGGAUCUUCUGGCGCUGGAACUAGCAUAUUCUCAACAUUUGCAAGUAACACGAGUUUUGCUGACAUUGCUGCUUCAAAAUCCGCGCAGCCACCAACCGGAUCCUUUACUGGCAUGUCCGGGUUUACCAGUGGAAACUUUAAAGCCGAGGGACUGAAUUUUUCAAGUGUACAAGGUCUUCUUGGCACAUCUUCAAGCCAAAAUCAACAGUUUGGAGGUGGCCCAUUUGGGUUUGGAAGCUCUACAAUGAACGCAUUUCCGCAGUUUGGCCAGUCGACUGUUAGCACUUUAGGGGGUACAAGUCAACCAAACACGACGAGUGGAGAUUUGUGGACACGUGCGAGGCAGUCCAAUCCAUUGGAUUAA